UAAUCUCUUAGCUAAGUUAUCCUCUUAUCCUGUUGGCCUGUGCAGGGCAUUGAAGUCAGAGCAGCACGUACUGGCUUUUUCCUAACGUGGGUCCUGUUGCCCUUACAUCCGGCACAUCAGAAACAUUGAAUUGCACUUUAAAGAAAAUUCAAAUUUCUACCUUCCUCAAAAUUCAGGUUCCUGAAUCAUUCCCUCAAGUCUCACCUUUAGAAUAGCUAGUCAUGGAGGUACAGCCCAAUCAGCUAAGAACUUCUCCAGAUUUCUUCUGGCAAACUCAUUCCAAACUCAGAGAACUAUAGAUCUUGGUGAAAGAACUGGGAAAUUUAGAAGUAGAUUCUCUCGCAUCUGACUUAGGAGUCAGACAUCAGAUAGAUACAGUGAUAUUCACAGCAUCCUCAUUGAUCCACGUCAUUGUCUUGGGAUUGCUACAAGUUGGGGAAUGAGCAGCCCUCCUGGUUACCCCGGGAUCAGGAUAUCAGGGUGCUGGGCCCUUGGAGCUGAAGGCAGCAGUGCUGAGUCUCUAGAUAGACUUCUUCCUCCUGUGGGCACAGGCCGAUCACCACGGAAACGGACCACUAGCCAGUGUAAAUCUGAGCCACCCCUGUUGCGGACCAGCAAAAGGACAAUCUACACAGCUGGGCGGCCCCCCUGGUACAAUGAACAUGGGACACAGUCAAAGGAAGCUUUUGUCAUUGGCCUGGGUGGAGGUAGUGCCUCUGGGAAAACCACUGUGGCCAGAAUGAUUAUUGAAGCUCUGGAUGUCCCCUGGGUAGUCCUGCUGUCCAUGGAUUCCUUCUACAAAGUACUUACCAAGCAACAACAGGAACAGGCAGCCAACAAUGACUUCAAUUUUGACCAUCCUGACGCCUUCGAUUUUGAUCUCAUCGUUUGUACCCUCAAGAAACUGAAACAGGGAAAAAGUGUGAAGAUCCCCAUCUAUGAUUUUACCACACACAGCCGGAAAAAGGACUGGAAAACCCUGUAUGGGGCCAAUGUGAUCAUCUUUGAAGGAAUCAUGGCAUUUGCAGACAAGCAGCUCUUGGAGCUCUUAGAUAUGAAGAUUUUUGUGGACACAGACUCCGAUAUCCGCCUGGUACGACGGCUUCGAAGAGAUAUCAGUGAAAGAGGCCGGGACAUCGAGGGGGUCAUCAAGCAGUACAACAAAUUUGUCAAACCAGCCUUUGACCAGUAUAUUCAACCUACUAUGCGGCUUGCAGACAUUGUAGUUCCCCGAGGGAGUGGAAAUACCGUGGCCAUUGAUCUGAUUGUUCAGCAUGUCCACAGCCAGCUGGAAGAGAGGAAGCUACGCUGGGAUAUGGCAGCCUUGGCCUCAGCCCACCAGUGUCAUCCUCUCCCAAGGACCCUUAGUGUGCUGAAGAGCACCCCCCAAGUGAGGGGGAUGCACACCAUCAUCAGGGAUAAGGAGACCAGUCGAGAUGAAUUUAUCUUCUAUUCAAAGAGAUUAAUGAGACUUCUCAUUGAGCAUGCUCUCUCCUUCCUGCCCUUCCAGGGUUGCACAGUCCAGACACCUCAGGGACAGGACUAUGAGGGCAAAACUUACGCUGGGAAACAGAUCACGGGGGUGUCCAUCUUAAGGGCUGGGGAGACCAUGGAACCGGCUCUGAGGGCGGUGUGCAAAGACGUCCGGAUUGGCACCAUCCUCAUCCAGACCAACCAGCUCACUGGCGAGCCAGAGCUACACUACCUUCGGCUCCCCAAGGACAUCAGCCAGGACCAUGUGAUCCUGAUGGAUUGCACGGUGUCCACUGGUGCGGCAGCUAUGAUGGCGGUGAGAGUGUUAUUGGAUCACGAUGUUCCGGAAGACAAAAUCUUCCUGCUCUCACUGCUGAUGGCCGAGAUGGGGGUCCACUCCGUGGCCUAUGCCUUCCCGCGGGUGAAGAUCAUCACCACAGCUGUGGACAAGAAGGUGAACGACCUUUUCCGCAUCAUCCCCGGCAUUGGAAACUUUGGUGACCGCUACUUUGGGACAGAUGCCCCGCCUGACUGGAGUGAUGAGGAAGAACUAGCUGUGACUUAGCCCACCCAACCUGCCAAGGAAAUCCUUGCCCUCUCCCCUCCUUCCUCUCGUCUUCCUUGACAAGCCUCGGACCUCCGAAACAGGGCUCGUCAGGAAGGGCUGGGGAAGGACUGGACUCACAGAGUCCUAGGGCAUCAGGGAGAGAGAAGAGAGAUUAAUUUAUUUUGAUUUAGUGUUGACAAUAUAAUUUAUUCCAAAAGUUUUAUUUUAAAAAAUGAAUUAAAAAUGUUAACCAUAUUAAAGUUACCAGUAGGAUUAGAAUGGUGGAUUAA